AUGGCCGACGAAGACAAGGAGAAAGCUGCUAAGGUCGCUGCCGCGAAGAAGAAGUAUGAAGCAUUGAAGAAAAAGAACGCGAAGAAGGCUGGUGGCGGUGCCGCAAAGAAGAAGGAUGAUAAAGCAGAAGCCUCGACUGCAGCGGAGACGCCAGACGAGAAGGCCGAAGAACCUGCCGCCGAAGCCGAAGCUGCGGAAGCACCCGAAACUACAAGCGCAUCACCCGGCCCUGUUGAUGUCGAAGACGACGAGCCUACCGAGCUGUCUUCCACGACGCCCUCUCACGGUCGCAAGCCGUCCAUGGCCGUCGAGUCGCGUCAGCGAUCCGCCUCGUUCUACCGUUCUGCAGGAGGUCCAACAUCACCGACUGCCGCUACACCUGGAGGAGGGGUGUCGAGCGAUAUCUACAGGGAGCAGGCGCAGCGCAUUGAGGAGCUGGAGAAGGAGAAUAAGAGGCUCGCAACGGAAGUGGAACAGGGUGAGGCAAGAUGGAAGAAGGGCGAGGAAGAGCUUGAGGAGCUGAGAGAGGGACGUGGAGAGGCUGCCCUUGCGGCAGAAAAGGCUAAGGAGGCUGAUAAGUUGAAAUCGGAAGUGGAAUCGCUCAAGCGCCAACUCUCCCAUUUGCAAUCACAAUCGUCAAAGUCUACCAAAAGAGCAUCGACACCUAACCAGUCUGCCUCGAUCGAUGACCUCAACGCUCAAGUUGCCUCCAAAUCCGAGACGAUCGAAUCGCUAGAGCUGGAAAUCUCGAACCUCAACAAGCAAGCUGCGGACCAUACAAGCAAGCAGAGCGAGCUGCAGGCAAGAAUAUCCACAUUGGAGACCUCCCUACAGAAGGCAGAGCAAGAGGCUAGUUCUACCAAAACCGAGCUCUCAGACCUUAAGGCCAACUUGGAGAAGGCAGGGGAGCAGGCGGCCAAGGAAGGCUCUGAUCGCGACUCGGCACAGACACGUAUUGCUCAGCUCGAGGCCGAGCUGGGCGCCGCCAAUCGCAAAGCAUCCGACUCCAUAUCUCGCGCCGAAUUGCUAGAAAGGAAGAUCGAGACACUCACGCAGCUUCAUCGUGACAAUGAUGCACGCAAUCAAACGCGGCUCCAGGAGCACAAGAAAAUCGAGCGUGAAGCAGCCGAGUUACGCACCCGCGUGACCGGCCUAAGCAACGAGAAUGCGCGCCUCCGCGAAGCUGAGCAGCGCCGUCGGAAGGCUGACCUGGGCAACAUCGAAGACAGCAGCGUACAAGAGCUUGUCGACGAAGAGCGUGACAGGCUUUUGACUAAGGUGCGCGAACUCGAGGAAGAAAACUUCGAGCUCCGCCGCGGUGUCUGGAGGGACAAGCGCACCGCCAUGCAACCAGGCAUGGACGACCACUCGAACGACUUCGACGACAUCGAUCUUUCUGGAAGCGCCCCUACUGCAAGGCGGGCCUCAGGUCGCCAGACGUCCUCGCUCCAAGAUGUCAUACAGUCUGGUAUCUCGGCUUUCACGGGCACGUCGCGGCAACGCGGUAUCUCUGCGCCAAAGGAGAGACAGGAAAGUGUGGGUAGCAUGGAUGACUUUGAGUUCGAUGAGGAUGCGUUUAGGCAGGCGCAGGAGGAAGAAGGGAAGAGGAGACUUGAGCGGGUGAGGGAGAUUAAGAGGGGCUUGGGUCAAUACAAGGGGUGGCGAGCGGACUUUGUGGAUGUUAGGGUGGGGAUGGGCGGUGUCUUCGAUAUCUAG